GAUAGGAAACUAGAAGAGAUAUUAAGAUAGUGUUGGUGUGACUGUCGUUGCUGGCAUCCUGUGUUCUGACAAAUCUGUUUCCUCGGGCAGACUGUUUGCCUUCUGGUUUGGACAAAGACGGUUUGGGAUGUCUACUUCAGCACCCUGUGGCCCUCAUUACUGAUCUAAUACAAUUACACCGAAAAGUGUCCUAAAGUAGCCAUGGGUUGUGUUUUUUCAGGGCUGGGUUGGCCACGAAGAACUUCUAGGGACCUUGAAGUACCUGAACUCUUAUUGCCUGCACUAGCUUUAUCGACGCAGCAACAGCAGCUGCUUACGGAAUCCUGGAGACUCAUUCAGGAGGAUAUAGCGAAGGUCGGAGUUAUAAUAUUUAUCAGGCUGUUUGAAACACACCCGGAGUGUAAGGAUGUAUUUUUUCUUUUCCGCGAUGUGGAUGAUCUGGAUGGAUUGAGAAGAAGUAAGGAAUUACGUGCUCAUGGACUGAGGGUCCUGUCUUUUGUGGAGAAGAGUAUAGCACGAUUAGAUAAUGUCACACGACUGGAAGAGCUAGCCUUGAAACUUGGAAGAAGUCAUUAUAGAUAUAAUGCUCCACCAAGAUAUUAUCAGUAUGUGGGAAUGGAAUUCAUUUCUGCUGUUCGCCCAAUAUUAAAAGACAAAUGGACACCAGAUGUGGAGGAAGGCUGGAAGGGUCUGUUUACGUACAUUUGUGCUGUUAUGGAAGCUGGAUACCAGGAAGAGGAAAGGAAGUGUUUGAGCAACAAGAUGGGUAAAACGAAACCACUAGAAGGGACACAGGCCAUCACAGUGUAGAAGAGAAAAAGAAAGCAUACCACAGACACCAUUUUUUAUUAGGGAAAAUAAAAUAAUCCUAAUUCAAUAAUCCUAA